CUCUGGGCUGGGGCGGCGGCGCCUAAGAGAGGGCGGACCGGGUCAGCUGCUGCAGGCGGGGCCGCGCGCGGAGCUGUGGGCGGCUGCCGAGUGUCCUGCCGCCGCCCAGCCUUCGCCACGAUGCCGGGGAUCGACAAGCUGCCCAUUGAAGAGACCCUGGAGGACAGUCCGCAGACAAGAUCUUUACUGGGUGUAUUUGAAGAAGAUGCUACUGCUAUUUCCAAUUAUAUGAACCAGUUGUAUCAAGCUAUGCAUCGGAUUUAUGAUGCACAGAAUGAAUUGAGUGCAGCAACACACCUGACUUCGAAACUUUUGAAAGAGUAUGAAAAACAGCGUUUUCCUCUGGGGGGUGAUGAUGAAGUUAUGAGCUCUACUUUGCAGCAGUUUUCCAAGGUCAUAGAUGAACUUAGUUCUUGUCAUGCAGUACUUUCAACUCAACUUGCUGAUGCCAUGAUGUUCCCCAUUUCCCAGUUUAAAGAAAGAGAUCUGAAAGAAAUAUUGACACUAAAAGAGGUAUUUCAAAUUGCUAGUAAUGAUCAUGAUGCCGCAAUUAAUAGGUAUAGCCGGUUGUCAAAAAAGAGAGAAAAUGACAAGGUAAAGUAUGAAGUAACAGAGGAUGUGUAUACUUCCAGGAAAAAACAACACCAGACCAUGAUGCAUUAUUUUUGUGCACUAAAUACUCUUCAGUACAAGAAGAAAAUAGCUUUGUUAGAACCUCUACUUGGAUACAUGCAGGCUCAGAUAAGUUUCUUUAAGAUGGGUUCUGAAAAUCUCAAUGGACAACUGGAAGAGUUCUUAGCUAACAUUGGGACAAGUGUACAGAAUGUUCGAAGAGAAAUGGAUGGUGAUGUAGAGACCAUGCAGCAGACAAUAGAAGACUUGGAGGUAGCCAGUGACCCUUUAUAUCUGCCUGACCCAGAUCCCACCAAGUUUCCUGUCAAUCGAAAUUUAACCCGAAAGGCUGGAUACCUAAAUGCUAGGAAUAAAACAGGCUUGGUGUCAUCUACCUGGGAUAGACAGUUUUACUUCACGCAGGGUGGAAACUUAAUGAGUCAAGCCCGUGGAGAUGUGGCAGGAGGACUAGCCAUGGACAUAGACAACUGUUCUGUGAUGGCCGUGGACUGUGAAGACAGACGAUACUGUUUUCAGAUCACUUCUUUUGAUGGAAAAAAAUCUUCAAUUUUGCAAGCAGAGAGUAAAAAAGACCAUGAAGAGUGGAUCUGUACAAUAAACAACAUAUCUAAACAAAUAUACUUAAGUGAAAAUCCAGAGGAAACUGCUGCACGGGUGAAUCAGUCUGCUCUAGAAGCUGUCACUCCUUCCCCAUCUUUCCAGCAGAGACAUGAGAGCCUGCGUCCAGGAGGACAAUCUCGGCCACCAACAGCUCGAACCAGCAGUUCAGGAUCCUUGGGAUCAGAGUCUACAAAUUUGGCUGCCCUCUCUCUAGAUUCUCUUGUUGCUCCAGAUACACCAAUACAGUUUGAUAUCAUUUCUCCUGUGUGUGAAGAUCAGCCUGGCCAGGCAAAAGCCUUUGGUCAAGGAGGCAGGCGUACAAAUCCAUUUGGAGAAUCUGGAGGAAGCACAAAAUCAGAAACAGAAGACUCUAUUCUUCAUCAGUUAUUUAUUGUCCGAUUCCUUGGUUCUAUGGAGGUAAAGUCAGAUGACCAUCCAGAUGUUGUCUAUGAAACAAUGCGUCAGAUCUUAGCUGCUCGGGCCAUCCAUAACAUCUUCCGUAUGACAGAGUCACAUUUAUUAGUCACUUGUGACUGCUUGAAAUUAAUUGAUCCGCAGACCCAAGUUACAAGGCUCACAUUUCCCUUACCAUGUGUAGUUCUGUAUGCUACACACCAGGAAAAUAAACGACUUUUUGGAUUUGUUCUCCGGACAUCAGGCGGAAGAAGUGAGAGUAAUUUGUCAUCAGUCUGCUAUAUAUUUGAAUCAAACAAUGAAGGGGAAAAGAUUUGUGAUUCUGUUGGAUUGGCAAAACAGAUAGCUUUGCAUGCUGAACUGGACCGUAGGGCAUCAGAAAAACAAAAAGAAAUAGAGAGAGUAAAAGAGAAACAACAGAAAGAGCUCAGCAAACAGAAGCAGAUUGAGAAGGACUUGGAAGAACAGAGUCGGUUGAUAGCUGCCUCCAGUAGACCAAACCAGGCUGGUAGUGAGGGCCAACUUGUUCUUAGCAGUAGCCAAUCAGAGGAAAGUGAUUUGGGAGAAGAAGGAAAAAAAAGAGAGUCGGAAGCAUAAACUUGUUGCUUUUUGAUUUCCCCCUUUCCCUGGAAUGUGGCAAAACGUAUCCAUGCUAAAGAUCAAGGAAGAGAUUAAGCUUUAUAUUUGCCUGCUUCAGCUUCAUUUAAAAAGACUGAACUAAUAACAGGUUAUAUCGAACAUUUCCCCUUAAAAAUAAAAUACUAUGCAUUAUCAUCUAACUCUGCUUUCCUAAACAAGACCUGCUUACUUUUCUGUAGUAGAUUGCUGAGGAAUUACACUUGCUCAAGAUAUUUUUCCUUUAAAUUGUGAACAUUUUAUCUUGCAUUGUAAUUGGCUGUCUCCAUAAGAAAUCAUUUAUUCUUCGGAUUCUGACAUUCAUGUGUGUACUCUCUCCCUUUCAUUAGGAAUGUUUUACUGGUAGUGAGGGAGUGUUCAACUGAAUGAGCUUAAAAUCCUUUAUGUGGAGAAUUCUACAAGUUUGCAAAUGUUCUAACAAUAUUGAGUGCAAUAGAAUUUGUACAAAAUCACUAGGACGGGGCAGGUGAUGCUGUUGACUUCAGGAUGGUUUGUGGCUUGCUCCAUUUCUCUGAUGUACUAGAUCAUGGCAGUGGGAGAGACACCAGACACAUGUCUGGUGUUUGGUGUGGCCCUUGGUAUUUUGUUACCAUCUUCUCAGUUCUCAGGUUGAGACUUUACUUAUUGCUGCAGAACAGGAAGGGUUAGAGAGUAAGACUUCAGAAUUUAUUGAGAUUGUUGUUGUUGUUUAAACAUUUUAUAUUAGAAUUGACAUGUAAAGGGAGUGUUGUAGACUGAUACAUUGUAUUUUCUGUAUUGUGAAAUAAUUUUUAAUGACAAUGAGUGACAUUUCAGAAGAUGUUCUAUAACAAUUAUGUUUACUGCUUAAAUAAAAAUGUGCAGUUUAGUUUAGAAAACAGUCUUUUGAAUUUCAGACUGAUAAUCCCAGUAUUUUCAUAAUCCCACAUUUUGAUAAUGUAUUGAAUUGCCACUUUUUAUCAACAAAGGCAAAUAACUAAUUUAUGAGUGUAAAAUAAUUUGCACUAAUUAUUGUAAAUACUUUUACUUUUCAAGUGAGUAAAAGAUCCAAUUCCAUGAAAGACUGAAAAGGAAUUGAACACCUCAUAUAUUAUAGGACCAAGGAUGGAGUUAGCUUACUACCAAGGAUUACAUGUCCCUCUAGUCUGUCUUCUCUCAAAACUUUCUUUACUUGGAUUUUAAACUGUGUUUAUAGACCUUAUUUUCAUGUGAUAUACAUGAAAAGGUGUAUAUACAUAUGUAUACAGGUUAAAUAUAUUGAUUAGUAUUUUACAUAAUCCUAUGUUUAUAGAUUUUCAAGAGGUAAACCACUAAUUUCACAAGUAGCUUUCUCUUUGUUCUGAAUUAGAAGUUGUUUCUGUCUUAGUUUUCAGCAUAUUGCUCAGUUUCACACUCUGUAAGUACAGUUUUAUGUAGGAACAAGAUAAUGAUAUAUAUAUAGGAUCAUGAUAUCCUUUUUAUCCAUGUGCCAAAUGGAACUAAUGGUUAUUUAAUAUUCCUUAAAGUCUUAUGUUACCAAAAUGUGAUAAUUAAUAAUUAAUUGAUAAUUAUUAAUUAAUUGAUAAUAAAUUGAUAAUUAUCAAUUUAUGGCGUGCAUCUGGCUAAAAGUCUGUUUGGGGCUUACUAAAGGGAAUGCCUUCAUAGUAGUGUUUUCUCUGUGUUAAACUGUAAACUGCUGUGGUUAGACUGUGAUUAGUGGUGGCAAGUCUUGCUUUUAAGAGGUUUUAUUUUGAGAUUGGUAAGGUUUCUGGGCUUUGUCGUUGUUGCUAUUGGUUUUGUUUUUGUUGUUUGUUUGAUUUUGGCAGUGAUAGGGAUCAAACCCAGAGUCUUACUAAACUAUCACAGAGCCCUACCCCCACCCCAGGUUUUCCAUUUCAUGAAGUCUUUUCUUGAUAGAAGAUGUCAUGCUUACUUCAGAUGAAAUGUGUUGUUUUAUAAUGAGAGUAGUCAUCAUCAGGAGGCACUUAUAUUUGGUUGGUGCUUUGUAUGGUAGCAAAAUACUGAUAUUUGGAUAAAAAUUUAGGCUGAAGGCAAGAAUUUUCUAAUUCUUCUUAAGUCAUAUUUCAUAGGAAUUCCCCCGGUUGCGUUCAUGUCCACCGGUCAGACCAAACUGUGAUCCAGUGCCCAGGACACAUCCUGAGUGGAUCAGACCAUUUCAGAUGAUUUAACUCCUGUCACUAUUACACUGUGCAGAGCCCUGCUCAUCAGCUUUACUUAACUCUCCUGACAAAGGCUCCUGUGAACUUCUUCCUAAAUGUUAGUAUAGAUCUUAUGCUGUUAUACUAUCCUCCAAAAUCUCUCCCAGCUUUUUAUUUUAUUUUUUCAGGGAAGCACAAAAUUGAUUUUAUUGUUCCAAGUUUGGGUUUAUUCCUGUUAUGGUCACUGGGCAGAGGCAAGUAGGCCUUGCCUCUUUGCAGUCUUGGUCCUACGGGGGUCUGCUCAGAUUCUCUACCAUGUUCAAAGUGCACUGAGAAAGCUUCACAGUUUUAAUGCGUCUUAGAUGUUCAACUGAAGCAGAGUGAAGAAAUGGCCCUCCCACCCCCACCCACCCAAAACAAAACAAAAUAACAAAACAUAACCAUCCCCCUAAGCUCCUAGCAGCUGCUCCUACAGCCAGUAUGAAAAAGUAAUACAGACUCUUCUUAAAAAGUAGAUCACACAGAAAGAACUCAGAGGACAGACGCACCCAGGGAGGUGGCAGGCUACUCCAGCCAUGGUGAGAGGCCUGGGUGCUGAGAUGACCCUGGAGGGCUGGGGUGCUGGUGGGUGGCUGCCUCAUUCCCUCUGCCCAGCCUCUGUACUGUGGGCUGGACCAUCCUUGUCAGCUGGAUCCCUGGCAUCAUCUGCUCUCUCCCCUGAGGAAUCUUGGCUCAUCCUGAGGAUUGGUACCUAUUUUUCACUAAGGUGGUUUGACCAAGAAAUAGGAUGGACACUGAGCAACAGUGAGGGCCACUGGCUGGCCACAUGGCUCACAGCUUUUUAGAAAUUAACAAAAUUGCUUUUAAAAAAAAAGUGAAAUUUAGCUUCCCUAAUUAUACUCUGCAUUCUGUUACCUAUAGCUGAUCUUGUUUUUGCCAUUAUUUAAUGAUUACUUGAUGUUUAAUUUUAAAAGAAUUCCUAGCUCCACAUUGUUGGGAUAAGGAAGUUGCCAUUAUUUUGAGAAAAGGAUGUAAGAUGUACAUAAUGUUGUUGGUAAGAUGAUUCCGUGCAGUGAACACACAUGAGUAACUACAGGAACUACACUCUUUAAAGUUUGAACUGACAAUGCUGGCAGACCCUUACAGCUAGUAUAUUACAAAGUCUUCUGACAUGAGUGAACUGGAAAACGAAUUUGCUUUUAAUAACAGAGUCUGAGCAUUUAGAUCAUACUUUUAAAUAUUUAAAUAUACCAUUGUAUGUAGCAAGCAAACUUUCAAUUUUGUUUUUAGCAAGUUUGUUUUAUUUCUCUUUGAGAUUUUUAUUUUAAAAACAUAAAGAUUGGAAACUAGAACCAUACUGAACUUUUUUUAUGAUAAAGAUGAAAUGGAUUUUUAAAGAAAAAAUUAUUUAAAAAUUUAUUUGUUAAUAGGAAUGGGUAGCAUAAAAUACUAAUGUUAAUCAAAAUACUUUGAAGUAUUUUUAAAGUAUUUAAAAAAAUUCUUCAUUAGGCUAAUUCCUAUGUAUUUCUUUUCCAGGAAUAUUAUUCUUAAUAGCAUAAGCUUAUUAAGACUAAAUGGAAGUUCGAGGAUUGGGCACACCAAGAGCAAUGACUUCACUGCUUUCUUAAUUUCAUUUCUCUGUAGUUUUGACCUCUUAUCCGGAGCUACCCUGUAAAGGUUCUGGUCAUGCUGCCUCUCUUUUCACCUGUCAUGACCGGUUUCAUCCCUUUCACGGGCCUCUCUAUCCUCUCUUUGCACAUGGGUUUUGUUUUGAUCCCAGCAUUCCUGUCUCUGGCUUCCUGGGCCACUGCUCUAAGUUUCUCUUCAUGUUUCUCCUUUUCUUUUUGAGGUAUCUUACUUUCUACUUGGGCUUUUCCACUGCUUCUUGAGCCUUCCGAUCAGCAAUGUAUAGUACUUCAGCCAGUUUGGCAAAUUUUUCACUUUAUGGACCAUCUGAAGUCCUCUUCCAUCAGCAACUAGCCACUUAUCUAAUGGAAUGGCAUACCCCUUAGAGUUCUUUCACUUGGAAAUACAAGGAGGGAUUUUCCACUUCUGCUGUUUCUUGACAGUCAUCUUCUGAGGAGGAGAGUGCAUUACAGGUGCAGGAGACUGUGGUCCCUGAGGAAUUUUCAUAGUAGUUUUGAAUCUUUGAAGCGCCCAUGGGUCUUUUUGCAUUUCUACUAUCCAAAUAACCCUCUGUUUGGCCUCAGAAUUGAAUGCUACUCCUUGCUUAGAUGGUGUGUCACUGGUGCGAACCAUCUUCCCUGAAGGAGGACUGAGACAUGAAAGAAAGAUGAUUCAUUCUUUCUGAGAUAGGGUUUUUCUGUGUAGUCCUUCCUGGGAGCCCUGGAACAUUUCCUGCAGACCAGGUUGGGCUAGAUCAGAUAUUCACUUGCCUCUGCCUCCCAAGUCGAAGGCAGCAAGGACAGACUCCUGUCCAUACUGAACUUUUAUUUAGUCUCUGGCUAUACUUGUAACCAACUUCAGUUAUGUGAAUAUUGGGGACUAAAUGAUAAUUUAUGUGUAAGACUGCUUUGUAUGUUUUAUGGUUUUUGUAUGUAAGUAAAUGGAUUAAUUCUUAUUUCAAUGAUAGUAACCAAUUGUGCAGUGUACAAUUAAAAAUCAUUCAGCAUCUCUCUAAAAUUGGAUUUGUGAUCAUGGUAUAGCUUGUGGAGCAGAGGACUUAUUUUUUCAUUUGUCAAAAUAGGUAUUUGCUGACAAGGAUUCAAGAAAUGUGUUGUUGGAUUUUUUAAAAUGUAUAAUAAAGUCCAUGAUUUUUAUACAGCA